AUGCGCGUCUCGUCGUCGUCGGUUGCGCUUCUCAGAGUGCCGUUGAUACAUGUGACGACAAGGAGCUUCCGAAUAGCUACGCCAUUAGCAUGGCAAGCAAGGAAAUCUAUCGUCCAAUAUGGAUAUAAGCAUGGGCAUGGCGUGGCCAGGAGGCAAAUCCACAUUGGCCAAGUCUUGAUGCCGCCCAUCAUCUUCACCGGACUCUUUCUUGCCCUUUGGUGCUACAAGUGCAUCAUGCUUGUCUUAUUCCAGAAUGCCAUCAUAUACAAUCCAUUUCUCCCACCAAAUGCCCGAAGCAUGACGAUCUCUGAGUUUUCUCGACAGUGUGGGGGCGUCGAAUGGCGAGAGGAUAGGAUCAAGUCCCUGGAUGGCACAGAGAUUGCGCUCUGUAUAAGUGAGAUUUCUUGUGGCGACGAGCGUGGUGGUUCACCCAACAGACCAAAAACGCCAGUAUAUAUUCUCUACUUUCAAGGAAAUGCUUCAUCUCUUCCCCCUCGCCUGCCAGAUAUCUCCGGCAUCUUACGCCUGUUGAAAGCAGAAACCAAAGGACACGUUCACUACACUAUUAUUUGUCUGAGUUACAGAGGGUAUUGGACAUCACACGAUCGCCCUUCCGAGAGGGGCAUCAACUUGGAUUCUGAAGCUGCACUUCGAUGGGUUUCAAAGCUCCAUCAUGAGAGGUAUAAAGAGACACAGGCGGCACCAGUCACGAUUCUUUGGGGGCAAAGCAUUGGAUGUGGCCUUGCAACAAACCUGGCAGCCAAGACCCAAGAUGCCGCCAAUCUACCAAUCAAUGCGUUGGUGCUAGAGACGCCGUUCACAAACACCCGAGCAAUGCUCACGGCGCUGUAUCCGCAAAAGUGGCUGCCGUAUCGACACCUGUGGCCGUUCUUGCGCAACCACCUCGACAGCUGGGCAAACAUGGAGCUGAUAGCUGCAAAAGCCACAAAACCAGGAGUUUACAUAGUAGAGGCGGGCAAGGACGAACUGGUGCCCUCUGAUCACGGUGGCAUCCUUUAUCAGCGCUGCCAGGAUGUCCAGCUGUUUGCGGAGCUUCACACAGUCCGCGGAGCUCUUCACAAUGAUGUGAUGGUGAGGAAACAAGGCAAACACACCAUUGCACAGUCUAUAGCUGUGGCCGUCUCACGGGCGCAGGAACUCUCUGCCGAUCAGGCGCAACGCCUGCCUGGGCUGGCAAAAAAUAAAACUUGAACGUGAACGCCGGACCCGAAUCUUAUACUUGAAAGUUUGGCCAGAUAAGCUGUGCCACGGCUACCACUUCCACUCAUGGGCAAGUCUGCGUGCCCAUCACACACACGGAAUCCUCGUACCGGCCUUAGCUGGUGCAGUAGCUUACCAGAAACUCAGCUGCAACAAGGCCUGUUCCUUGCAAUGCAAUCUAUGCUUGAUCCACUGGCAAAAAGCACGGCCCAAGCGUGCGGCUUGUUGCAGGCCGUCGGUUGUGAUACACUGGCUGUCGUGAGAACUAGAUAGAGAGUCCAAGGCAUUAUGACUGCUUUUACCUUGGUCGGGGACAAAGCCUUGGUAUAAUUGGCUCCAAUUGACUCCGAGAUUCUCUC